AUGUUCUUGCGCGCAGGCUGAGAGAAAUUGUCAGUCACAAGUUCAGAAGCAGUGUCAUUUCGUCGCUGUACACCGAUCCGAUACGACGUGUUCCCGUGCAAACCUUGUGUUCAUAUAUAUCCCACUCUUGUAUACGUCAGACAUUAUUCCGGAAUUUAGAGAGUUUAAAGAGUCUGUGAAUACGCUUGAUCGUGAUCAGUUUGUCCGUGUCCGUGAUACCGUACGUAUUGAACGGCCUGAAUACCCGAAUUCAGAAUUCCUCCUUCGUUCCUCGGUGGCGCGUGGAUGUGCAAGUCUCUCUCCCUCUCUCUCCAGGGUGCAAGUCAAUGUAUUCGAACGGAUUAAAGGAUUCGAUCGGAAUAAAAGAAGUGCCUGAUGUUACUGUCAAGUUAUGGUGCCGGAUGAAAAAACUAUAGAUCAAGUGUUGUGAUCGAUGUAAAUUAAUUACAGAAGUUCAGAUAAGACGUUCGAAACGCAAAUAAGAACAUUCCCAUAUUUAUCUGUGUUUUUUUUUUUUUUUCGGUUUAAGUUAAUUCGCGUUAAGGGACCAUUCGAAUUUUUUUUCUUUAUCGUGUUAACAUUAUUUUAGAUAUUAAAAUAGUUAAUAUAAAAAUAGUAGUAAUUUAGUUGUACGUUAAAUUUAGUUUCCGUAUUAAUUACGUAAAUCGUUAAGUUAAUAUUAAGUUAAAAAGUUGACGCUGAAGUUUCGUAUUUGAGAAAUACGAGAAGAAAUUGUGUCAAAUACAAAGAUUUUUUUUUUUUUUUGAUUCGAGUGUGGCUCUAUAUGGCAGAGCAAUCUCGUGUGCUUAAGUGCAUCCCACACCAUUUUAAUUGGAUUUUAAGUAUUAAAGAGACCAGCCUUGCAACUCCAUGAAUCGGCCACGACGUUAAGUGGAAAACAUGGAUUUCUCUACGUCUAAAGUGACCGUUAAAAGUGGUGAUCCUUCAGAUCAAGGACAGGAAAACGAAGCACAAGCUGAUGCUGCAUCCUCACCAUCCAGUAUUGAUUUGCCAGAAAGCGCACAUCCCUGCCCCGCCUGUCCAACGGUGUUGUCCACCUCCAGGGAGUUGACGAAUCACUUACGCGAUCACAACUCGCCCGGCAGCACAGAUUGCAGCGGCGAAGAUGAUUACUGUUGCGGCAUUUGCAACAAAGUGCUCAACUCUACCACUUCUCUAGACAGGCACGUAAGAACGGCGCACAGGGCAACGUCGCCGCACAGUUGCACGGAUUCCGAAGGUAGCAGCGAUUCCGACAAAUCGUCCAAGAGGCGCCAUCUCGAGGAGUACAACAACAACGAGAUCACGAAGAGGAAUAGCUCGCCAGAGUUUAUCGAGGGUGGCCAGGACGAGAGGAAUGCAACGUUGCCGGCCGGCAAGAGGAAAUGCUCGGAUUAUUCGAGCGACGGGGAGGGAGCGCAGAAGAGGCACAAGAUCCUGUUGAACAACUCGAGAACGGAGAUAAAAUCGACGCAGGACGAGAAUCAGAACGCGUACAAUUGCCCCGUGUGCGGGAGGCAGGACUUCGCCACUAGCGCCCUCUUGGAGGCGCAUCUGGAAAGAUGUCAUCCCGAGUUCCCCGCCAAAUGCGACGCGUGCAACUUGUCGUUCAAAAACCACCGCGUGUUGAACCUGCACCGUUUCAUGAUCCAUUUCGCGGAACACUCGAUAGGGAACACGGCGAGGAAUCUGAGAAACUCGGUGGUCGGUUUCAACGAUCUCACGUUCGUCGACUUCUCGUCGGACAAAUUCCCGGCAAUAGCCAGAGCCGUGUGCGAGCAAUCGUUGCAUCGGCCAGCGUCCGGUGAGGCGACCAAGUUCCAAUGCUCGAAAUGCUUGCGAGCAUUCCCUUGCAGAUCGGCGUUGGACGCUCACGAGACUGAUUGCGGAACGGCGAAUCCCCAAAUGAGAACGGCGGACGACAGCCAGUCGAGGAGGGACGACUUCUUCGCCGGUCUGGACCUCCAGAACAAGGCCGCACUGGCCGAAGCGAAAGAGGGGAAAGACUUGGCCGAUAUACAGAGCAUAAUAUCGGUCACGUCCGGCCCGAUACUGCAAAAUUUCCCCCGAUCGGACGCAAGCACGCCCGAGAGCAACAUCAAGUUCAAUCCAAGCGUGAGCUCGUCCGGCUCGUCGGGCACCUACUCGUCCGAGUACCACGAGGAGGAAACACAGGACGCGUUCGCCGCGGAGUUUAGAAAGAUGAAGUUGAAAGGAGAGUUUCCCUGCAGACUUUGCUCCGCCAUAUUCCCUAACUUGAGAGCUUUGAAGGGUCACAACAGGGCGCACAUGGGGGUGGGGCCCGGCAUGCCUUACCCGUGCAACAUGUGCCCCUACACGAGCACCGAUAAAGCGACGCUGAUACGUCACCUCAGAUCCCACAACGGCGACCGGCCGUACGAGUGCUCGUUGUGCAAUUACGCUUUCACGACCAAGGCGAACUGCGAACGCCACGUGAGAAAUCGGCACGGGAAAUUGACCAGGGAGGAUAUCAAGAGCGUUCUGAUCUAUCACCCUAACGAGGAUUCGACUAACGAGAACGUGGAGAGAAGUUCGCCGAGGGUAUUGAAGGAGGAGGUAAGGAAAAGUUUGAUGUAUUCUACGGAACGGAACGAGGAGUUUCAUCAUCAGGCGCAGAUACAUUAUCCUCCGGUGCCGAUAGAUGUUCGGGCAGAAAUCAGAAUCAUAGAGGAAGCGAAGCUUCACAAUUCGGCCAUGUCCAACGCGAAUCAUUUCGAGAAAAGUGAAAUGUUUGCCAGGCCUGAUCAAGGCGUGGAGGCGGCGUUGACGCAACGGAGUAUCGACGAAGGGAAAUCGGGCCAGGAUGUUAAACAGGAUUAUUCGAAACUCGACGAUGAAUUGGAUUCGAGGUCAUCUGACGAUCUCGCGUCUCUAGUCAAUGAUGUCAAAUCUGAUUCACGCCAAAGAGUGCAAGCUAGUCCGAUGAAUUUGAAGAAGGGUUUGAACGUGGCCGAGAAUUCGGGCGAGGACGGUCCGUUGGAUCUGUCGAUGGACGUGUUGGAUCUCAGCAAGAAGUCGAAGGAGAAGGAGAAUAACGAUUUUACGACGCGUGACAAGUUCAACAACAAAACCGAGAAAGAUUUGUACGCCACCAGCCAGUUGCUGUUAACCGAGGCGUUGCUGAAAGCGGGCCAAGGUAGCACGCCGUCAGCCUCCCUGGAAGCUUUGUACGCCAACGCCAUUUACAGAAACUUUAGCACGUUUCCAACGGGUACUGGAAUUUUGCCACCCUACAUGUUCAAUCCUCACGUUUUCAAUCAAGAUUAUUGCAUGAAGGAGAGAUUGCAGAAAGAGUUGGUGAGGGGUCUUCAAUUAACGAGUGGAGGCAGUUUGGUAGAACCAUCUAUGCCCAGUGGGACAGGAUUCAAUAACUUUUCCCAAAACAGGGAUAUGAAUUCUCAAUCGAUGACCGAGCAAAGCGAAUAUGCCAAAUUAAUAUCGUCCAAGAUGGUCAACAAAAGUUUGGCGCAUCGGGACAAACAGGAUAAUUUAGCUUCUUCGAACUCUGUGAAAAUGGUGAUUAAAAAUGGAGUGUUGAUGCCUAAGCAGAAGCAAAGGCGAUACAGAACUGAAAGGCCGUUCACUUGCGAGCAUUGCUCGGCGAGAUUUACUUUAAGAAGCAACAUGGAAAGACACAUCAAGCAACAACAUCCCCAACACUGGAGCCAGAGACCCAGAGGAGGGCACUCGACCAGAGGAAGGCCUCCUAGCCAUCCUACUUUGUUGCAAAAUCUUGGACAGACUUCUCAGGUUACCCAAUCGUUUAAUAUUUUGCCAAAAAUGAAUGAGCAAUCGAUGAGUUCGGAAUUCGCAAAGCAUUCUAUUUCAGAUCAAGUGAAAUAUGCGAUUUUGGCGCAGCAAUUGAAAACGAGCAAAGCGGAAGAAAACGAUUCUGAGGAGGAGCUAAUCAUAGACGAGGAUCCUCAAGAGAAAGAGGAUGAUAAGUCUCAAGAUCAAAAGGAGAAAAGUUUAUUGAGGGAUCAAUUGGAAAUUACAGAUUCUAUCUCGAUGAAGGAAGAGGAUAAAAAAUCUAUGCACGACUCGAAAGAAACGAACGAGAUUGAGAAUAACGAAAAGAUCGUUAAUGAAAAAAAAAAAGAAUCUAAGAUGGAGAAAUCUGAGAUAAAAAAAUCGACGGAGAAAGGUCCUAAUACGGUAUUAAAAAUUGAAAUAAAAAGUGAAAAAAUAGAAGAUGGGGUGACUGACUUGGCCAGCGUGUCAGAAUUAUUGGAUAACGCCUCUCAACAGUACCAACAAUUUCAGCCACAAUACUUGAGCGAUGAGGAAGGUUUAGCAGCGUCUAAUAGCGAUUGCAAUAAUUCCGGUAGCGAUGAAAAAUCUGAUUCUAUAAAUUCUUCAAACUCGAUAAAUAAUCUAUCGAAGAAAAAAAAGAAAAAGAAGAAGAAGAAGAAGAAAAAAUCGGCUUAUUCCAUGGCCCCCAAUCGAGUAAUAUGUCCAUAUUGUGAAAGACCAUUUCCUUGGACCUCCUCUCUCAGAAGGCAUAUAUUAACCCACACGGGUCAAAAACCGUACCAAUGUGUUCACUGUUCCUUGCUUUUCACCACCAAAUCAAAUUGUGAUCGCCAUCUAUUGAGAAAGCAUAAAGCUAAUCCCAAUAAAAUACGUCGGAUCAGAAAUUCUUCUUCUCCCGAUUCCCAAACAAUGAUCAACAAUAAUAAUUCGUUCUCGAUGAGAAAUGUACCAGAAAGACCGUACAAGUGCAAUCAAUGCCCCAGUUCAACUUUUUCUACUUUAGGAAAUUUAAAGAAGCAUCGUUCCACUAAACAUGCGAGAAAAAUGAAACCGAGAUCGGACACUCCAUCCAGUGAACCUCAAAAUAGUCCUCAAGAGUGUCGAAAACAAAAUAACGAGCAAACCGAUUACGAUAGUCAAUCUUCGAGUAUAUCCGAAGGCACAGAGACCUCGUCAAUACCGAGAAUUCCUAAAUCCACGUCGAAUAUUUCACCAUCGGCUAAUGAUAUUCCCAGAUCGAGAAAAGCGUCGCCAAGAUCAUCACCUGGACCGGGUGAUGUACCGUUUAAAUGUCAUUUAUGUGAUUGCGGUUUUGCAGAACGACAGGAUUGCCUAGAACACAUCAAAAUUAAUCAUAAGCGUUCCUAUGAAAUGUUAAUGGCCAAAGGAGCAUUAGAUAUGGAAAUAGGUGAUGCGAUGGAAGAUCACCAACAAUUACCAUUACAUCAAACUAGCGAUGGUGAAGAGAAGAAAGGACGUUUUCCAGAUUAUAGUAAUAGGAAGGUAGUUUGUGCCUUUUGCAUAAGACGAUUCUGGUCCGCAGAAGAUCUUCGUCGUCACAUGAGAACUCAUACUGGAGAACGGCCUUUUUCUUGCGAUAUUUGCUGUAGAAGAUUUACUUUGAAACAUAGCAUGCUGCGACAUAGAAAGAAGCAUGAAUCCAUAGAUUCGACAAUGUAUAUUGGUACCAGUGGCGAUGAAGAGAAUUCUCCAACGCAGCCACCAACAAUUACACCACGAAGCCAACAACAACAGCCAAUUUUAUUGGCAACCAAUAACGGAAAUUCCCUAAUUCAGGAUAGAAUCUCUUUACCUACUGUCGCUUCAGUCGCUACUGGUGAUGCUGCACCAAGUGGACUGAUGAGAUUUAAUCCUUACGAGAAAUUAACUACUCUCACGGGAAAGUUGGAAUAAGAGAUAAAAAUUUCAUGGACCGAGUACUGCAAGGAACUGCUGAUGAUGCCGCUAAAUUAUUAGGAGUGAGCCAACGUGGUUAAAUUUUACUUUGGGACAUCAAGAAUUUUUUUAUUUUUAUUUUCUUUUUUUUUUAAUAUCUCUCCAUAAUAAUAAUGGCAAUACAAAAAUACAAGUUUUAAUUUUAGGAAUUCAUUGGUUCGAAAUAUAUAAAACUAAUCUGUAAUUUACAGGUUAGAUUACGUACUUAACCUAUGAUUGACAGAUUAGUUUUAUACUAUAUUGGUUUUAGAAUCUAAAACGAUUAAUGUUAUACAUAUAUAACUUUCGAAACAAUGGACUCCUUCAAAAUUUAUAUUUUUGUGUUUUAUUCGCCGAAUAUCAUUAAUAUCAUAAAUAAAAAAAAAAAUUAAAAAUUUUUGGUGCCCCAUACUUACUUUUACAUAAUGCUAGCAAUCAUAGAAUUGUUAUAUUUCUUUUUUUUUUUUCCAUUGGUUAAGUGUCUUUUUUUUUUUCUUACAUUUCUACAAAACGCAGAUAUUUAUGAUAUAUCUCUUUAUAUUAACGUAUGUACAUAUAUGACACGUGUGAAUCACACGUUUCUAGUAAGUCUUAAAAGCCAGCGUUAUACGCUUCAAAAAUAUAAAACUUUAAUAUAAGGACGAAGAUUAACAAUACGUCCAUCACAAAAUAUAAAAUAGUCGUUUGAAUAAUAAUUUUUUUUUUAAUCGAUCAAGUCGUAAAAACCCAAAGAUAUAUUUAACACAAUGAAUUAAAUUAGUUAUACGAUACGUGUAUUUAUUGUCACGUAAAUAUUUAGAACUGAGAUUUAUCACAUUAUAACGAGGAAAAUUUUUUUGCCAAUGUAAUUUUUAAAGAAGAAAUAUCUCGAAACAUAAAUCGAAGCAAUUGAUGAAAAAAUUGAUGAAAAGAAUGUUCGAUUUAUUUCGAUUUUCUUGUAUCGAUUUAUCAUUCACCCGAAGUUGAUGAGAGUCGAUCGAUACUAAAUAUAUUUCUGUUAUGAUGUUAUGCAAAUCGAAAAACAUGAUCGAUAAUAAAAUAAGAAUAGGGGAAAAAAUUGAUCAUUAUUAUAUAAAUAUAUAUAAUAAUCGAUUUAUAUUUCUUCGGGCAAAAGAUUACUGUAUAUAGAUAGCUUAAUUAAAGUUUUUAGCAGGUUUAUGUUUCGCGUAUAUACAUAACCUACGUUAAACUCUUUAAAAAUGAUAUCUAAUAAAAAAAAUUGCAACUAUACCAAAUAGUCGGUUUCGAUUCGAUUUAUCAUAACGCGGCAAUCGGAUCCUUGGAUGGAUGCCAGAAAUGCGAGUCGAACCAAUCGAUAAAAUGCAAUAAUCGCCGCACUUUUAUCCCUUUCUUUUCUACAUUCUUUCCACAUUCUUUUCUACAGUUUUUUGUUCUCACUUUUGGUCGUUCACCAUAUAAUUCUCUUUUACAUCACAAACACACAUUUCAAUGUAUAUACACAAGUAUAUACUUUCUUUUCUAACCUUCUUUCUGAUCUUUCUUUCUUUUUUCUUUCUAUUUCUAAAUCUUUCUUACUUCUGAGUCUCUCUUUUUAAAACUCAUUAUAUUUAUUUUUUUUUUUAGCAAAAACUGCUGCGUACAAAUCGACGUGUGCUCGCCAAAAGAAGAGUUUAAAAAAUUUGGGGUGUUUUCCGUUUUGUUUUAAGUUCCUUCAAUAAUAUCUAGAUUCUUUUUUGAUUAUAAGUUAUAUAAGUAUUGUGCAAGUUAGUUCAAAUAAAUUAUAUGCGUAUACAAAGAAUUUUUAACUAUCGAUAUGUAAGAAUUUGUGAUGUAUUGAACUCCGACAAUGAAUCCAUUUUUCACCUAAAGCAGCGUAAUUUCCUUAUGUAAUUUUAAGGUUAAGAAUUAAUUUUCUUAUUAAAAUGUAAACUUUUAACAGAAAUUAGUCAAAAAAAAUAUUAUAUUAAAAAUAAAAUAAUAUAAAAAUAUAAACAUACAGUUUGUAUGUGAACCAUAUGUGUGUAAAUACAGUAUGUAACUUAAUAACUGUACUGGAGACUUAAGUUAUUGAUAAAAAUAUGUGAAAAUUUGUAUA